GUGGUGGCAAACCAACAGAGACACUAAGCGAGGGUGGCUGCCGUUCGGGGUGUAUCAGAAUAAUCCGGGGCAACUGCCUCGCUACACCAAGAGCAACACCAGGAACAACGAGAGCCCUGGCGAGAGGACCAACGGAAAAAUAAUUGACGGUAAAAAUAAGAAUCUCG